CCUUCAUCAAAAUCAAACAAAACGCGGACGCCACCCCUUCCUUAACCGGAAUUCAAUCACUUCCCUCCGUUCCGCCCUUUCCAUUCAUCAGAAUUCAGAAAGACAAGCAGCCAAUUCCCGACGACCAGUUGCAGCUGUUCUCCAGUCACCCUCCGAUUCGCAAAACCAAUCUCCGACGACCUUUUCAGAUUGAGGAAACAUGAUUUCCAGUUAGGGCAUAGAGCGGGAAGGAAUGAAGAGCCGUUCGCACGGCCGGCUGCCGACGUCGGACCCUACGCCCGACGACUGGGUGGACGGUUCGUGGACGGUGGACUGUGUGUGCGGGGUGAAUUUCGACGACGGGGAGGAGAUGGUCAACUGCGACGAGUGCGGCGUGUGGGUCCACACGCGGUGCUCGCGCUACGUCAAGAGCGAGAAAUCGUUUGCCUGUCAUAAAUGCAAGAUGAGCAAGAACAACAACAACAACAAUAGGAAUAGUAGUAGUAGUAAUAAUGAUAGCAAGGAGACUGAGGUUGCUCAGUUGUUGGUUGAGUUCCCGAUUACGACGUUGAGGAUGGACAAAACGCCUUAUCCACCCCCAAUUAGUAGUCAUCCUCCCCGCCGUAGGCCUAGGCUUUGGACAGAUAUACCGAUUCAGGAAAGAGUCCAUGUGCAUGGGGUCCCCGGUGGUGAACCGACCUUGUUUGGGGGUGGCGGUGGAUUGUCGUCUGUUUUCACUCCUCAGCUGUGGAAAAGCACGGGGUAUGUGCCAAAAAAGUUCAACUUUCAGUACAGGGAGUUUCCUUGUUGGGAUGAGGAGAAGGCAGAGGUUGCUGCUAAAACUGAAGAAGAAAAUGAUAGUCCUGAAAAUGAAAACCCUGUUGACAAGGGUGCCGGUGUUUUGUUUUCUUUGUCCAAGAAGAAUGUCAUGGCUGCACCUGUGGCGGCCUCGGUUGGCAUGAGAAGACGGGUUGACGACAGUAGCUUCAACAGGCCAUCAUCACCUUCGAAACAUAUGAAGAAGUGGGAAGGUGGUAGCGUAGAUGUGAGGUCCCCACGGAACGGGGUUAAGAAAGAUAGGAAAUUACUGCGACCUUUUGUAGUGCACUCGGGGAAGCGCAAACAAGAGGACUCUGGGGCAUCCAAGGAUCGGAGUGGAAAGAAGAAGGUCAGGGUUGUUGAUAGAGAUGUAGAUCCUAAGAAGAGAGCUCCACAGGCUUCCAAAACAGCUUUGAUUCUCUCAAGUGAUGCAAGACAGUUAGAAUCUUGUGAAGACAGAGGACCAAAGAUUAUCAAGACUGAUUCUCAAACUAUCAAGAAUCCGGAUUUAAGGGGCACUAUGGUCAAAGAUCCUUUACCGAGUGCUCAUCAUGUAGUGGAGAACAACAUCAACAAACCAAAUGAUAACCUUGCUGCUAGAGAGAAUCCGUCAGAAACCUUAGUUUCUGAUGUAUCUGGACUUAAUUUUCCCAUUGGAGCAAGAUCAAUGGAAGGGAAGAUUGGCCAUCAACUUUCUGCAAGGUCUGAUCGUUCUUAUAGAGUUGAUGAUGGCACGGCAUCAUCAUUAGAACGGAAUGAUGCUGGUAGUGCUCCUGUAAAAGAAGAGGUUGGUUUUUUUCAUGAUAGUGCCAAUGGAAAUGGAGGAGGUUCUCCAGUUGAUCCUGGGUUUGAUCCUCAUAAAUCAGAUCCCCUUGCCCAAGAUGCCCCAAGUGCUGUUGCUGAGGGUGAAGAUGGUCAGAAUGCUCAAGAUCGAAGUGUCGACACGUGCCCUCCUAGCUCUUUAGGCCCUGAAGCUGACGUGAAAACAGAAGCAGAUCUUGAUAACUCGAGUGGGACCUUCAAAGUUGACUCUUCUACUGUUAAUGAUGUAAAGCUGGAUGGCACAAACCACUCUACCCAAUUUUCUGGGGCUUCUGCUAACUUAUCUGCAAAUCUUAAAACUAGUGAUACACAAUUUGGGGACCUUAAGGUGCAAAAUUGUGAGAGAAUUACAGAAACAACCAAUAAUUGUGAGACUGACACGGCUGAUAAAUUUCCUUCUAAUCCCUGUCAACCUGAUCAACCGUUGGAGGACAUGGAAGUUUCCACCGCAGUGGGGAAAAGUCCUUCAGAACUUAAACAGGACUCAAGAUCUGCCGAGGAGCAACCAAAAGGAAGCAGUACAACAGGUCGGCGUAAAUCAGCAACACCCUCUUCAGUUUCAUCAACUAUUAUGAUCUCAAAACGUUCUGUUCUUGAUAACCGUUCAACUUCAAAUGCCCUGAAUCAUAAUCCUAUUAUCAAAAAGGGAAUAUCAGUCGGUGUUAAGAAAGAUAAUGGCUCAACCGACACAGGUAGGGGUGAAGAAAGGCACGAAAUGCCGAGGAAAACAUGGAAAGAUGGUUUAAAAUCUUCCGUCAGUUCUGUGCCGAAAGCGUCACCUUUAAACAAGAUUGCACAUGCUUCUGAUUCCAGGAAAAUUGUGUCAGAUUCAAAGGAUCGUCUGCGUUUUGCAUCUUCUAAAGCUUCUUCAACAGAGAAUAUUGGAGUUACUUCUGGGUCUUGUGAGACUUCCAGUUCAAUGCAAUCUCAGAGUGGUUCACAUGUACAAAAUAAGGUUUCAGCUUCCAGCUUACCACAGAAAGGUGAAAAGGUUAACCAGUCAAAUAGCCAGCCAUCAACUAAGCUGCACCAUUCAAUGCCAGUGCACCCUCCUGGACCUUCAAACUCUCCUGCACUACUAAGUGAUGAAGAGCUUGCUUUACUCUUGCAUCAAGAACUCAACAGUUCUCCUAGAGUUCCUCGGGUGCCACGCAUGCGCCAUACUGGUAGCUUACCUCAGCUGGGUUCACCUACUGCUACAAGCAUGCUGAUCAAGCGGGCAUCUAGUUCUGGAGGAAGAGAUAACAAUGUGUUUGCCAGAAGAAAAGCAAAAGAUUUACCUAAACAUGAUUCUCGUUCUUCUCGUGAGAUUGAUGAUGAGGCUAAGAUGGACAGACUGCCUCCUUCACGUGAUCCAAGGAGACAUGACUCAGCAUGCACGGCAGAUGAUAUUACCAAGAGGGAGACAGACAGUGGUUCAGGGAAAGGACCUCAUGUUGUCAAGAAGAGUGCACCUGCUGUCUCCUCUGCGACUGUGAGCAGUGGUCCAUCAUCCUCCAAUGAGGCUAAUGAACAGAAUUUUUCAUCCAUGUGUAACUCUCCGCGAAAUACCUCUGAUGAUGAUACUGGCAGCGUCAGGGGUCGUAAUCAUCGCACUUUACCAGGCUUGAUUGCUGAGAUUAUGAGCAAAGGCAAACGGAUGACGUAUGAAGAACUCUGUAGUGCAGUGCUGCCACACUGGCCUAACUUGAGGAAACAUAAUGGAGAGCGCUACGCAUAUUCAAGUCACUCACAGGCUGUUCUAGAUUGCCUAAGGAACCGACAUGAAUGGGCUCAGUUGGUAGAUCGUGGUCCCAAGACUAAUGCCAGUAGAAAGAGACGCAAGCUUGAUGCUGACGCUCCAAGUUUUGAGUCGGAAGAUAAUGAGUAUGGCAAGGACACAACAGGGAAGGAAGUAGAAAGUAAGAGUUUUGAAUCACAUCCAGAAGAAUUCCCGAAGGGCAAGAGGAAAGCUCGAAAACGCAGGCGACUGGCUCUGAAAGGAAGAGGCAUUAAAGAUGUUAGGAAGCAGCGCAAGGCAGAUGCACUCAGUUAUGACGAUGUUGACUCAUUUUCUAGUUCUAGUGAGGCGAGUGCGUUCAGUGAUGAUGAGACAGAGGGAGGUGGGAGUGAGGCAUCUGCUAGCUCGGAUGAAAGGGGAAUCGUGUCAUAGUUACUAUUUGUUUAUGAGCCUGGAUAUAGGCUUGUCCAUAUAAACACCUAGGCUUAUUCAUUUAGAGCGAGGGCAUCUUCUUUUGACUCUCUCCUGAUUUCCCUUCUCCCAACUGAUCAGCAUUGAGUGGUGAAUUGUGAUUGCUAGUGGAUAGUGAUGUAACUGAUUAGCGUUUGGUGGCAAAUUGUGAGUGCUUAGUGGAUAGUGAUGUGAAAAGUGUAAUAAUAGGAUAGUGAUUUGUACAUAUCGAAUUUGACUGAAAACAUGUUUUAGGCGGCCUUUUUCAUUCUCUGACAUAUAGCCAUUCAAGUAGUCUGACGAGCAGAAGAGCAGUGUUCUCCCUCAAGCAGAAUCAACCACUUGCAAAAUACCGAUUUGGGCAGAUUAUCAGAUGGAUGCUUACAGUGCAAUGCGUCUCACUCGCAAUUUGUCGCGUCUAUUUUUCUCUUAACCUUACAAUUCAAUGGGUUUGAUUCAUGGCGUGUUGUAGGAACAUUUCCAGAAGCCAUUUUUGCCAUAGUGCAGCAGUAUAAAGUUUCCAGUGGUAGUUGACCGUUUGUAGUUUGUACUUGUUUAGAAAGAUUGUAUUGAAAGGGUUGCCUUCAUAUUUGUAUUGAUGUGGUGACUGUCUUCUUCACGUCCAUCUCUUCCA